AUGGCUACGGCAGAAUUUACUGAUUCAUUGGGUAAUGACGCCACAUCACGUGGUGGUUUUGAUCAAGAGUUUAUGCAGCUUCAGUCCUCGGAUCACUCUGGAAUGGUGAUGGUAUCGGCUCAGUUCAUAGGCAACAAUUACUUUGCCUGGAGUCGAGCAGUGAGAAGAGCUUUAACGGCGAAAAUGAAACUCGAUUUCAUUGACGGUACUGCGAGCCGUCCACCUACCAAUACUGAUGAAUUCAGACGCUGGAAUCGCAUCGAUUCCAUCGUUACGACCUGUAUGCUUAAUUGUAUGUCCAAGGAACUCGUAGAGUCUUUUAUGUAUGUGGCUUCUUCGCGCGAAUUGUGGCUAGAAUUGGAGGCUCAGUUUGGAGAAAGCAAUAGCCCUAUGAUAUAUCAGUUGCAGAAGGAAAUUGGGCAAGUUACACAAGGAAAUAUGAGUAUUACAGAGUAUUACACCAAGUUGAAACACCUUUGGGAUGAGCUAUUGUGUCUUGCUCCCGCACCAAAGUGCGUAUGUGCUGGCUGUACAUGCGAUGUUAACAAGGCUAUGGCAGAAGUGACAGCUUCUAAUCAACUAAUCCAGUUCUUAGUGGGAUUAAGUUCAGUUUACGAACAAGCGCGCAACCAAAUACUAUUACUGGAUCCAUUGCCUUCAGUCACCAAGGCUUUUUCGAUGCUUAUUCGAAUUGAAAAACAGAUGCAAGUUAGCAUUUGUAGCAUGGAGCCAAGAAGUCUGUGGGGCGAGGAAGAGGUUUCAGUGCUGUAA